AUGACCUCGCUGCCGUACCGCCGCCCCUCGCGCCAGAGCUCCCGCCAGGCCUCGAUCGACCCGCGUGAGGACCUCGAAGUGCAUCUGGACCAUUACAUCGGCAUUGAUGUAGGAACCGGCAGUGCCCGGGCCUGUAUCAUCGACUCCAAGGGCGACAUUGUUGGCCUGGCUUCGGAGAACAUCGGCCUCUGGCAACCAGAGCACGGCUUCUACGAACAAUCCACGUCCGACAUUUGGCGGUGCAUCUGCACUUCUGUGCAGCGCGCCAUUAGCCAGCACAAUAUCAACCCGGACACCGUGCGCGGCAUUGGAUUCGACGCCACCUGCUCCCUGUCGGUUUUCCACACCGACACGGACGAGCCUGUCUCGGUAACGGGGCCGGCCUUUGACUCGGACCGCAAUGUCAUUCUCUGGCUGGAUCACCGCCCGGUUGAGGAGGCCGCCAAGAUAAAUGCGACCAACCACAACCUGUUGCGCUAUGUCGGCGGCAAGAUGUCCAUUGAGAUGGAGAUACCCAAGGUCCUGUGGCUCAAGAAUCAUAUGCCCAAGGAACUGUUCGACAAGUGCAAGUUCUACGAUUUGGCGGAUGCACUGACACACAUCGCAACCGGCAACGAAAAGCGCAGCUUCUGCAGUGUGGUUUGCAAGCAAGGAUAUGUCCCGGUCGGUGUUGAUGGCAGUGUGAAGGGAUGGCAGGAGGACUUCCUGCAGGAUAUUGGACUCGGAGAAUUGACAGAGGAAAACUUCAAGCGCAUGGGCGGAGUCGACGGGGUGAACGGCGACUAUCUGAGUGCGGGUGAAUUGGUCGGCACGCUGUGCGAGAAGGCAGCGGCCGAUCUCGGUUUGCCUGCCGGGAUUGCCAUUGGCAGCGGUGUGAUCGAUGCCUAUGCAGGCUGGAUCGGGACCGUCGGCGCCAAGGUCAACCUGGGUACGGGCCAGCUCAGUGCAGAGGCGGCCAAGAAUGACAAGUCGCAAGCAUUCUCCCGACUGGCAGCUGUGGCCGGCACAUCAACCUGUCACCUGGCGCUGUCUCCAGACCCAGUUUUCGUGGACGGUGUGUGGGGUCCGUACCGGGACACGAUCCUGCCAGGCUUCUGGAUGGCUGAAGGUGGACAGUCGGCGACCGGAGAGCUGCUCAAACAUGUGAUUGAAACACACCCUGCGUUCAACCAAGCCCUCUCAAUCGCCGAGUCGUACCACGCAAACAUUUACGAGUAUCUAAACGAGCACCUCAAGGAGAUGGCACACGACCAGCAAGCCCCAUGUGUGUCGUACCUGGGCCGGCACUUCUUCUUCUACGGCGAUCUCUGGGGCAACCGGUCGCCCAUCGCGGAUCCGAACAUGACGGGAUCCAUCUUCGGUCUGACGAGCGACAAGACCGUUGAGGGUCUCGCCAUCUACUACUACGCGACCCUGGAAUUUAUUGCUUUGCAAACCAAGCAGAUUAUCGAGACGAUGAACAAGGCCGGCCACCAGAUCACCUCGGUUUUCAUGUCGGGCUCACAAUGCCAGAAUGAUAUCCUGGUCAAACUCAUUGCAUCGGCCUGUGACAUGCCCGUUGUGAUCCCACGAUACAUCCACGCAGCUGUGUGUCACGGCGCAGCGAUGCUGGGAGCCAAGGCCGCCAGCGCCGACUCCCAGGGCAAGACUGAGGAGCUGUGGGACAUCAUGGACCGCAUGAGCAAGCCCGGUAAGAAGAUAAUGCCGACGGACGACGAGAAAGAGAAGGCCCUGCUGCGGACCAAGUACGAGGUCUUCCUAGAGCAGUGUUUUAAGCAGCUGAAGUACCGGGAGAUGGUUGAUGAAGCUGUGGGUGCGUGGAAGGCUACGUAG